GCGCAAAUCUUCGAGUUGAAAGAAAAAGAGGGAAAACGAAACGUUUUCUGUGAUUUUUGCCGCCGUUUUCAGUUCGUACAGGUAACAAGUGACGUUCACGAUGGCUUCGACGUCAGGUGGAGCGGCGGGGAAGCCUCAGCGGAUCCCAAAAGUGGCGAAGGUGAAGAACAAGAUGCCGGCCCCGGUACAGAUCACAGCUGAGCAGCUGCUGAGGGAAGCCAAGGAGAGGGAGCUGGAGGUUCUGCCACCGCCACCGAAGCAGAAGAUCUCAGAUGAGGAGGAGCUGAAGGAAUAUCAGCUCAGGAAGAGGAAGGAAUUUGAGGACAACAUCAGAAAGAACCGAGGGCUGAUUGGAAACUGGCUGAAGUAUGCCCAGUGGGAGGAGAGUCAGAAGGAACUGGACAGGGCGCGCUCGGUGUACGAGCGUGCGAUCGACGUGGAGCACCGUAACAUCACCCUGUGGCUGAAGUACUCGGAGAUGGAGAUGAAAAACAGACAGGUGAACCACGCCCGAAACGUGUUCGACCGCGCCAUCACCAUCCUCCCCAGGGCAAACCAGCUCUGGCUGAAGUAUGUGUACAUGGAGGAGAUGCUGGUGAACACCGCUGGGUGCAGACAGGUGUUUGAGAGGUGGAUGGAGUGGGAACCUGAGGAACAGUAUUGGCACCAGUAUGUCAACUUUGAGCUGAGGUUCAAGGAGAUCGACAGAGCUCGGACCAUCUACGAGAGAUUCGUCAUGGUGCAUCCAACGGUUCAGAACUGGAUCAAGUACGCCCGGUUCGAGGAGCGACACGGCUUCACGGCCAGCUCGCGCAAGGUGUUCGAGAGGGCCGUGGAGUUCUUCGGGGAGGACCACAUGGACGAGAAACUUUACGUGGCCUUCGCUAAGUUUGAGGAGCAUCAGAAGGAGCAUGACCGGGUGCGAGUGAUCUACAAGUACGCGCUGGACCGGAUCCCCAAGCAGGAGGCGCAGGACCUGUUCAAGAGCUACACCAUCCAUGAGAAGAAGUACGGAGACAGGGCCGGCAUCGAGAACGUCAUCGUCAGCAAACGCAAGUUCCAGUAUGAAGAGGAAGUGAAGGCGAACCCCAACAACUACGACGCGUGGUUUGACUACCUGCGGCUGCUGGAGAGCGAUGGAACGGUGGAUCAGGUGCACGAGGUGUACGAGCGAGCCAUCGCGAACGUGCCCCCCACCCCCGAGAAGCGGUUCUGGCGCCGCUACAUCUACCUCUGGAUCAACUACGCCCUGUACGAGGAGCUGGAGGCCAAGGACAUGGAAAGGACACGUAUGGUGUACAAGGCCUGCCUAGAAGUCAUUCCACACAAAAAGUUCACCUUUGCGAAGAUCUGGCUGCUGUGCGCCCAGUUCGAGAUCCGACAGAAGAACCUUGCCGGGGCGCGGCGGGUGCUAGGCAACGCCAUCGGCCGCUGCCCGAAGGACAAGCUGUUCAAGGGCUACAUCGAGCUGGAACUGCAGCUGCGAGAGUUCGACCGCUGCCGCAUCCUGUACGAGAAGUUUCUGGAGUUCGGCCCUGAGAACUGCACCUCCUGGAUCAAGUUUGCGGAGCUUGAGACGAUCCUGGGAGACGUUGAGCGGGCGCGGGCGAUCUACGAGCUGGCCAUCAGCCAACCCAAGCUGGACAUGCCCGAGAUGUUGUGGAAGUCUUACAUCGACUUUGAGAUCGAGCAGGAGGAGCCGCAGAGGGUGCGCGAGCUGUACGGGAGGCUGCUGGAGAGGACGCAGCACGUCAAGGUUUGGAUCAGUUAUGCGAAGUUUGAGCUGUCGGUUGCCGGGGACGACAUGGCUGCCAGGGCAAGGAAGAUAUUUGAGCAGGGCAACCGAUCUCUGCGGAGCUGUGAGGAGAAGGAGGAGAGGCUGAUGCUGCUGGAGGCCUGGAGAGAUGUGGAGGAGGAGGCUGGGACUGCGGAGAGUCUGGAGAAGGUGAACAAACUGAUGCCCAAACGGGUCAAGAAGAGGAGGAAGGUCCAGACAGAAGAUGGGAUGGAUGCUGGAUGGGAGGAGUACUACGACUACAUCUUCCCAGAGGAUGAGGCCAACCAGCCCAACCUCAAGCUGCUGGCCAUGGCCAAGAGAUGGAAGGAGCAGAAGGAGAGGGUGGAGGAGGAGGAGGAGGGGGGGAGUACCAGUGGUGAUGAGGAAGAUGAUGAUGAUGAGAAACAGGAUGGAGGAGAGAGAGGUGCUGCUGGGAUGUUGGCGAUGGCCAAACAGUGGAAGAAGCAGCGAAAUGCUGACGAGAUCGACAUCAGCGGCAGUGAUGAGGAGGGGAGCGCGGAAGGGGGAGAUGUGAGCAGAGGGAAGACCACAAAACAGCUGCGGAAGCAGAAGGAUCCUGACAAAGACAGCAGCAGUGAAGAGGAGACAAGGGAGAGGAAGAAGGAAGGAAGAGCAGAGAGAGAAGACAGCCCAGACAGCUCGAGUAGUAGCAGUAGUGAAGAUGAAGAUAGACAGAAGAAAGGAAAGAGGAGAAAACGUGCGAGUAGCAGCAGUAGCAGUAGUAGUAGUAGUAGUUCUGAGGAGGAAGAUGAGACAGAGAGAGACAAGGAGAGGAGGAGGAGGAUUGAGGGUGGGCAGGAUGAAGAUGCUGACACGGACAUCAGUGAUGAGGAUGACUGAUGCUUGUCAGUCAUUUCCAGUUUGUCAGUUACUCCCCCUUUCCACCGGAAGCUGUGACCCCUGAGCAGUAUAAGAUUCUUCAAUGAAUUUCAUAGAUGGAGAACAAAUUCUUUUUGUGUUUUGUCGUAGAACUGUGUACCUAAACAACUUUCGGGUGCAGAUACAUA